UUCCAGAAAGUCUUCGCGAUUGGCCUGCCAGGAAGGACCGACAAAAGAGAUACGAUGGCAUUGUCUGCUGGCAUCACCGGUAUCGACUUCGAAUGGUGGCCAGGAAUUCGGGGCGAGGAUGUGCCUAAGAAAGCGAUUCCUGCAGGGUGGAAGCAAGCCAUGUCUCUACUGGGUUCGUGGCGAGCUCACAUGAAUGUCCUCGACCACAUCAUUGAGAACAAUUUGCAAUCAGCUCUGAUCUUGGAAGACGACGCCGACUGGGACUAUUCUCUCAAAACACAAAUGUCUCAAUUUGCAACAGGAAUCAAGCUCAUACAAGAUCAUGACCAAAGCUCAUCGACGACUUCCACUACAUCCCCCUACGGAACAGGCUGGGACCUCCUCUGGCCAGGCCACUGCAAGUCAGGACCCUCAGAAGCACAACAACCAAUCUACUUUCUUGAAAACGACGUUACAGUACCACCAACCUCACACCGUCACUCACAUUGGGCACAGCCACACGUAAUGCCAGAAGUAGAAACCAACACGACCAGACUCAUCUACCGACAAAAAGGUGGCAGCUGCACAUUCGCCUAUGCUGUGACGCAGUCGGGAGCACGAAAACUCGUAUCAGCACUGAGGAACAAUAUAUCCCCGUACGACUCGGCAGUUUCCGACGUCUGUGCGCACAGAGGAGGACACAUCCAACCUUUCGAUUGUUUCUCGACAUAUCCCCCGCUAAUCUCUACGUACCGACCUGCUGGGACGAGCGAACAUGACAGCGAUAUCAGUCCCGAUCAUCAGAAGGGUAAGAUGCACGAGGAAUUCACUUGGGACAUUGUAUUUUCUGUGAAACAGAAUAUCGAUAGAUUGCUUGGAGGUGAGGGGAUGGUGAAGAGUCAAUGGCUGGAUGAGACGAGACCA